AUGUGCUACACAUACCGCAGAAAUGACAGAUCGGAGGAGGAUAAACGCCCCCAGUGGUGGGACCAACGCACCUGUCUUUGUAAAUCCAGCGACACCAGCAGACUCGCUCGCAUCCCAGCGUCCAACGCGCACUCGCGCGCCAGACGAGCUGCGCAAGAUCUUCCUCAAGACCGGCCUCGUCCCCUUAGCCUCUGGCUCCGCUUACCUCGAGCUCUCUCCUCCCUCCGCCCCGCCCACGAAAACCCUUACACCAUCCCGCACAUCUCUCAAGCUCACCUGUGCCGUCCAUGGCCCGAAGCCCCUCCCGCGGUCUGCACCCUUCAGCCCUCACCUCAUUCUCUCAACGACUGUCAAGUUUGCGCCAUUCGCUACCCGCGCUCGGCGGGGCUACAUCCGCGAUUCUACAGAGCGAGACCUGGGCGUGCAUCUAGAGACUGCGCUUCGUGGCGUAGUAAUAGGGGAGCGGUGGCCAAAGAGCGGAGUAGAGGUCAUCGUGACCGUGAUUGAGGGAGAGGAGGAUGGGUGGUGGGGGGAUGGCCUUGUGGGUGGAAGUAGCGGGGCAGGAGGGGGUGGUUGGGGCUUAAUGAGUGUGCUUGCGGGCACGAUUACGGUAGCUAGCGCGGCGAUUGCGGACGCGGGGAUUGAUUGUGUGGAUUUAGUCUCUGGGGGCGUAGCUGCAGUUGUGCGGGAUGUCGAUGCGAAGGGGAAGGGAAAGACGGAAGAGGGGUUACAAGAGGGGGAGUCGCUGGUGCUAGACCCCUGUCCGGCGGAGCAUAAGGAUAUGGUGGCAGCGUGCGUGGUCGGAUAUCUGGCUGGGCGAGACGAGAUUACUGAGAUCUGGAUGAAAGGAGAGACCGGAGGCGCUGCGGAUGUUUUGCUGGACAAGGCUGUGCACGCGGCUGUCGCUUCUGUGACUGUCGUAAAGGAGGCAGUAAAAGAAUCAAUUGAGCAGAAGUACAAGGACGUGCUGAGCAGUGGGCAAGGAGGCUUUCGGGGUCCUAAUAUUACGAAGGAGGUGGAGAUGACAGGUUGAAGAGUUUUAGAAAAGGAUUCUGGGAGUGGUUAUUUCCUUGUGCAUAGCGUUGGCGUUUUGUAAUGCGGAAAUGGUAGCAUCGGAGCGCUCCCAGCGCGCUCAAGCUCUAGUCGAGAGUAUUCCACCGCUUCGCCUUCGGUAACAAAAGAUGAAGAGAGCUUUUCAACAUUGAAGAGAAACUAUGUCACUUUGAAUACUUUACUGCACACAUCACGUUAAUGAGCCUAAACUUGUCAGAGUUGGGCACGCUUGCACUCGUGAAGCAGAUUGCGGAUGUGUAGACUAUCCGUUCAAUGGCUUCCAAAUUCCCGGCAGCAUAAACUUCCGUUCCU